AUGACAUCGUCGCACGGCAAAUCCGAAGACUCGGAUCGAAAAGCAGAACAGAACGGUGAAGCAGACAACAAUCACGAAGCCGUCGAAGAGCCCGAAGAGGACAAUAACGACAAAGAAAAUGACCCUCACGCUGGUCAGAAGAGAAAGGAGGCACCGACGAAUGUCUCCCAAGAGCAUUCGACCAAGUCGCAACGACAAGAGAAGAGUGGUGAUGAUGAACAGGGAAAGGAUUCAGCCUCUACUUCCUCUUCCAAAGCCACACCCAAGCAACUCCUCAAUUUCCUUCUCUCCGGCAAAUCAUUACCAUAUUGUUUUCCAGACGAGGAAUUAGAAGCCGGGAAAUCGUCGGGCAAAUACAAAUCCUACUCUCGAUCAUCUCCAACAUCGUUAACUGCAUUUGAACAUUUGAUAUGCGCACACUUACUCUCCAAACCACUGAGCCAUGUCCUAGGAAUGCGAUCGAUUCGGACACUGUUGAAUGAACCAUUCGAACUCUGCAGCGCAGACGCCGUGGUCCAAGCCGGCGAGCAGCGUGUAUGGGAAGCACUCGAAACCGCGCGGACCCAACAUCGCCAGAAGACGGCAAAGUAUAUCUACGAAACGGGGCAGGCAUAUUCGGAUUCGGAGACCAUGUAUGCUCUGUCCGAGGAAGCCAAUGAGUCCGGGUCGCAGGGAGUGGUGCAGCAUAUCAAAUCAACGGUUCCUGGUCUGGGUGUCGUGGGCGGAGAGAUCUUCUGUCGUCGAAUCCAAUGUGUCGACGGCUGGGGGGAUGCAUUGUGGCCUUUUGCCGAUGAUAAGGCACUAGAUGCCUUGCGUCAGAUUGGUGUACCUGUCAAGGAUGCAGAUGAUUUGCAGAGUGCAAUUGAAAGGGAGGUUGAUUGGAAAUUGGUGGGUGAUAUGGGUUUGGCUGGGUCAGAUUCCAAAGGAUUACAGAAUGAACUGUCUGGUGAAGAAGAAGAAACUCAGGUUCAGGCCGAGUUUGUCAUUGUAUUGGAGAGGGCGAUUGGGUGUGUGCUUGAGGGGAAAGUGGAAGAGUUGAACGAGGCGGCUGCGGAACUGAAAUAA